CCCUGGAAGAAGGAGCCGGCCUGCCUCUCCCUGCUCGGUCGCCCCGCCUCUGCGCCAGCAGCAAUCCCGGGAUCUGGGGCCCUGGUGACGCCCCGUGGCUUGGAGCGCCCGGCUUUCGCCCAGGAGCGCGCAGCUGGGGUACUGGAAAUAGAGCGGUGAGCAACACACCUCUCCUGUUCCCGCUGUUCCCGCCAGCCCAGUGGAUGGAGCCCAGAAUCCACACUCCUGCCAGGAAAGAAAAAAAAAUUCCUGAUGGUUGGUCCAAGCAGGGCCUCCCUGGUGGAUUGAGGAAUGCCUGGCUUUUCCUCAGCUCCUUGAUCUCCGAGGUAACCACUGGCAGCCUCCAGAAGACCCCCACGAUGAGAGGCCUGGGGUCUGCAGGUCACUGCUAGAAUAUUUUAAAGAAUGCAGCACGACACAGAUUUGUAAGGCGGCCCCCAUGGCCUCUGUCCCCCCCGGAGCGGCCUCGGGCCCCCUGCCCUUCUUCCAGUUCAGGCCGCGACUGGAGAGCGUGGACUGGAGGCGGCUGAGCGCCAUCGACGUGGACAAGGUGGCGGGCGCUGUGGACGUCCUGACGCUGCAGGAGAACAUCAUGAACAUCACCUUCUGCAAGCUGGAGGACGAGAAGUGCCCACACUGCCAGUCGGGGGUAGACCCGGUGCUGCUGAAGCUGAUCCGCCUGGCGCAGCUCACCAUCGAAUACCUAAUGCAUUCCCAGGAGUUCCUCACCUCCCAGCUGAACCUGGUGGAGGAGAGGCUGCGCCUGAGCCUCAUCGACUAUGAGCAGAGCAAGCAGCUGCUCAGCAAGCAGGCUGGCGAGAUCAAGCUGCUCAAGGACGAGUGUAAACGCAGGAAGAAGAUGCUGUCCACGCAGCAGCUAAUGAUAGAGGCCAAAGCCAGCUAUUACCAGUGCCAUUUCUGUGACAAGGCCUUUAUGAACCAGGCUUUCCUACAAAGCCACAUCCAACGUCGCCACAGUGCAGAGUCUCACCUUGAGUAUAAUACAAAGGCUCAGACCGACAGGCUCCAGAAGGAGAUUGAUAUGUUGAAGGAGCAGCUGCAGCUCACCAGGUCUCAGCUGGAGUCUGCCCAGUACGCCCAUGCAGUCCGGUUCUCCAAGGAACAUGAAAUGCAGAAGACAAAAGAAGAUGACUUUCUGAAGUUAUUCGAAAGAUGGAAAGAGGAAGAAAAGGAGAAGUUGCUUGAUGAAAUGGAGAAAGUCAAGGAGAUGUUCAUGAAGGAAUUUAAAGAGUUAACGUCUAAGAAUUCCGCAUUAGAAUAUCAACUGUUAGAAAUACAGAAGUCCAAUAUGCAGAUCAAGUCCAACAUAGGCACCUUAAAGGACAUUAAUGAGUGUAAAGAAGACCACCCCCCAUGUCCCCAGGAUUUCCAGAACAUGCUGCAGCUCCUCGACAGCCAGGCAAGCAAGUGGUCAGAUCGAUUUCAAGUUCUCAACGAGGAACACAGCAAGGAGAAGGGACAGCUCCUGUCACACAUAGAGAAGCUCCGAAGCUCCAUGAUGGAAGAUCUAAGUGCAGAUAAUGUUUUCUACAAGAGGCGCGUGGAAGAGCUGGGCCAGAAAGUGCAGGAGCAGAAUGAGCUCAUCCUCAGUCAGAGGCAACAGAUUAGAGAAUUUACCAGUAAACCAUGCAACAACGUCGGUGAGCUGAAAGGGAACCCUCUGACCUGGCAAGCAAUGGACUCUAAACCAGCUAACCCUGCUGCACCCAUGGGUGCCCCAGCCACACAGACUCUGGAUGGUGCAUCAAGCCUGCCCAUGGUGCAUGAGCAGGGGUUCUCGUCGCACGUGCUGGAGCCAAUAGAAGAACUUUCUUCAGAGGAGGAAAAAGGACGAGAAAACGAACAGAAAUUAAAUAAGAAGACGCACUUCAGGAAAACCCUGAGGGGCAACCCCUCCUCGAAGGGGCUAAGGACGAACUUGGAGAAGGAGCUGGGCAAGAAGCUGAGGAGCUUCGGGAUUGAUGCCGACAUACACGGCAUCCCAUGUGAGAUCUUGAAUAAAUCACUCAAAGCCAUGCAAUUAGCCAGACAUGAUCUUGCAAAACAAAUGCCCAACAUUCAGCAAAUCCGAGAAUCCCUUGAACACCAGCUGAUCUGUAAAAUCGAGGAGAAGGUAUCCCUGACCUCAGAUAGGCACAAUGACCCUCCCAUGAUCAUCUCUGCAGCUGAGGAAGCUCCCAAAGCCACCCAGCUUCCCCCACAAAGCAGGCCACUGGUCAGGCAGAGAGCUGUGUUUACUGAUAAGGUGGCUGUCCCAAAACUUAAGAAAAAUACCAAAGAAAUUCCUUUACUCAAAAAGUUUUCAGCUACCAAGACGCCUCCCUUCAGCUCAGAGGAGGAGCCGGAAGAAGAGGACUUGAUCCAGGCGUACGUUUCUUCAGACCUGAUGACCCUGCAGCCGUGUAAAAACAGUAUGAGUAACCUUAGAAAGAGCUCUGUCAGAAGCGACACGGACUGGACAGAGGGCAGUGAAAUGGAGGACUCGGAUGUUUCCCCCAAGCCCUCAGGAACCUCCAUUAAGAUACAAACUGAAGAUGUGGAGAGCAUGGUUUUACACGAAGGAAGUGGGAGUAACCUAGUCACUGGAAUGAAUAUUGCUGAGACACUUGUCAAGAGGGAAGAAUUGCACGAAUUCAAGUGUGCAGAAGUAGAUAAUGAUGACUGGGACGUCUCAUCCUUAGAGGAAGAAAAAUCUUUGGAGAAAAGGAUGGAACAGAGGGAGCCUCUACCUGUGAAGAGAGAUCUAAGCUCCAGUCAAUUGCCAAGGGCCUGGGGCCCAGUGAACCCUCGGGAAUUCAAGGAAGAAGGACUUCAAGAAAAGGAAGCAAGCACUCUGAAAAGUAGCCUGGUCACUGUGACUGACUGGAGUGACGUCUUGGAUGUGUAACUACAAUGCCACCUGCCAGAGAGCUGUGCCAGCAGCCAGCAGCCUUUCGGGCAACAGCCUAUAGGAUUCUAAUGCUCCUUACUAUUCUCCACCUUAACAAGGAAGCCCGUUCCUUGUCUUUAGCUACACCUAACACAGUAUUGAAAGCUGUCAGCUGGUCCACUGUGUAGAAACAAGAUGUCCUUUAAGUCAUAAAAGUGUUUUCUUCAGUACGGUACUCUAGUGUUAAAUGUAUUGUUUUUUUUUUUUUCAAAUAACUUUUAAGUUUUUUUUUUUUAACUGAUAGUAGGCUUUGGUUUGAAUUAUUGUAGCAUUUAAAAAUAUGUAUAUACUGUUAUGUUGGUAGUUUUAUGUUAUAAAAUUCUGUUAAGUCUCUCCAAAUUUGAAUUAGUGAUGUCAGUGACAUACUACAAGUUAAACUGGUUGUUCCCCAUAUAGCAGUUAAGUCUAGAAUGGUAACAAUUAGCUAGGCCCAUGGCAAAUACAUUUCCUGAAGUACCAUUGAUCCCACUGACCUUCGAGGCCCUACUAGCAUGUUGUGACUGACACAUUAUUUUCUGCAGUGUAAUCUUUAUCUUGGAUAUUCCAUGAAUGAUAUGCAACCAUUGUAAAUGCCAACUGGUUUUUAUGAGAGGAUCACUAGAAAAAGACCAGCCGUUCCCGAGUCACACGUGUGUGUAGUUUCUCUGGCUCCCAGGACCCAGCCCACUAUAAAAUACCUCAGAAAUAACUUAUAUUCUUGAACAACGAUCUCGGCAAUGCUCAGAAAAUUUAUAUAUAAACUGUUGGUUUCUUUUUUUUUUCCUUUUUUAAAAAUACUUUUUUUUAAUACAUUGUGGUAUAAAAAAAGGAAGAGGUAGCAUUUUAAUAGCUUGUUGAUUUGGGGUCUCCUGUCAUCCAUCAACAGUGCCAGUAAAGUCCUCCAUUACAUCC